UUGGUCCGAAUAGUUUUUAAAGGGCCAGUAGUUCUGUUGCCCUCCGGAAGGAAUGGGGAAAUCAAGAGAGCGGUGGUGCUGGGUUAAGAGUGGAAGGAUUGUCUGGAACAGAACCCCGGUCCCUGCGGGCAUCUGGGUGGGAUUCCCAUCAGGCCUGGGAUGCACGGCUCUAGAUUUAGUGACCCAGACUGCGAACGUUCGUCUACACAGACGUGGUCCUUUCAUUCGAGGCUGGGCCGAGGCGGAUGCAGAUGCGGCCCCUUUGGGAAGACACGUUCCAAUUUUGAUUCAGAGGAGAGAGCAUAAGCCAAGCCUCCGAACUGCACACAAACGUCUUAGAAGUGCGCCUUAUUUUUGUAUUACAGUGGUCUCCCAGCCACAACCAACUCUCCAAGUCCUCAGCUGAGACACACCUACUGAAUUACUGCCGUGGGUGGGAGGCCGCUGUGGGCCUUCCCAUUACAAGCCUGCUUGCUGAGCCCUGGGCUUGUGCACAAACUGCAGAGUUGGUGGAGGCCACUGUCAGGCUGAGAUAAGAAAGAGAUGGGGAGCUGCUAAUCUCCCCCUGUCCAGCCAGUUGGUGAGGGCUGGGAUCUUUGCUCCUGCAGUCAUUCUGGAGCCCUGGACUAGGAGUAGGAAGAUCUGAAUUGUAGCCCCAACUCUUUCUCGGUUAUUAUCUCUGUGACCCUGGGCAAGUCACCUCAUGCCUUGGUGCCACCCGUUGCUUCUGUAACAUGGUCCCAAAGGUGCCUGUCUUGUCUACCUGAUAGGAUUGUUGAGAGGACAACAAUAUGCAGAAGCAAUAGCUUCAACAUAGAAGUGCUCAAUGUUUUAUUUUUUAAUGAAACGGUUUGACUUGAAUAUGCUGUGCACAUUCAAGGAACUUAAGGAAUUGUUUGAACCUAGUAGUUCUGGGACCUUAGAGUCCUUUCUGUGGGCUCCCUGUGGCCCAGAAUUUUGGUGGCCACGUUUAGUAUUUCAAGCCUAGCCUAAUUUGCAAAGGGUCUCCCAGGGUUAAUUUACUGGCGUGAUCACACGGAGUAGACCAGAGUCUGAGGGCAGCAAACUGUCACCUGCUCCCACAAUAGAGACCCCAGAUGUUUGGGUGCAAAAGAACUCCAUAGCACCCUGGCCAACAUGGUGAAACCCCGUCUCUACUAAAAAUAUAAAAAUUAGGCCGGGCACAGUGGCUCAUGCCUGUAAUCCUAGCACUUUGGGAGGCCAAGGCAGGUGGAUUGCCUGAGCUCAGAAGUUCGAGACUAGCCUAGGGAACAUGUUGAAACCCCGUUUCUACUAAAAAUACAAAAAAUUAGCUGGUGUGGCAGCAUGCACCUGUAAUCCCAGCUACUUGGGAGGCUGAGACAGGAGAAUCGCUUGAACCCGGGAGGUGGAGGUUGCAGUGAGCUGAGAAUGUGCCACUGCACUCCAGCCUAGGCGACAGAGGGAGACUCUGUCUGAAAGAAAAAAAAAAAAAAAAAAGGAACUCCAUAGGAUGAACAUCCCAUAUCAGGGAAUGUCGACUGUUGACAGUAUCAGUAUCUACAGUGGCUACUGUCUGAUGUAGAAAGAAAUGGGAUCAGGCCGGAUGUGGUGGCUCAGGCCUGUAAUCCCAGCGCUUUGGGAGGCUGGGGCAGGAGGAUCACAAGGUCAGGAGUUCGAGACCAGCCUGGCCAACAUAGUGAAACCCCAUCCCUACUAAAAAUGCAAGAAUUAGCUGGGCAUGGUGGUACAUGCCUUUAGCUUGAACCUGGGGGGUAGAGGUUGCAGUGAGCCUAGAUCAUGCCACUGCACUCCAGCCUGGGCAAAAGAGUAAGACUCCAUCUCAAAAAAAAAAAAAAAAAAAAAAGAGAAAUGGGACGUCUGUCUUAGACUGAAGAAUUCAGUUCUACCUGCUUGGCAGUGAAUACUUUUGUCCAAGGUACUCUGGCAGGAGGAAGAGGCGUGUCCUCUUGAGUUCUUGACUUGGGCUCUGCCCUCCCAAUAUUUCCUUGUUGGCGAAACUGGAGACAACACUCUAGGUGAACGAAUUUUAGGCAGCGCAGCCUCCUAGUCUUAUGGAACAUCUGAGGCAGAAGAAACCUGAGUCCAACCUCUUCAUUUUAUAGAUGAACAAACAUCCUGAUGGGACAAUGUACCCAAGGUCACCCAGCCAAGAGGCUGAGCAGGACUGUACAUCAGAUCUGUUGACCUUAGUCCUUAAUGCAUGCAGUCCAGCCAGAUUAAGUGACUGUUAAUACUGUCAGCUUUCCCCACUGUGGCAUCUUCAUCCUCUUGAGUUCUUUUGCAGCCAGACAUCUGGGCCUCUUGCUGGAGAAGGUGGCAGCUUGCUGCUCUUAGACUCUAGUCUACUCCAUGUGGCAUCUGGAUGGCACUGAAAUUUUCUCAAGUGCCUCGUCUGUUGUAGAUAAGGAAUCUAUCCUCCAGUGACUCAGCACAGGUUCCCCAGUGUGGUCCUGGCUGCCCCGCCCCUGCCAGCUGCAGGCCCCACCCUUCCUGUGGCCAGGCUGAUGGGCCUUAUCUCUUUAUCCACCUGGCUGUGCACAGCACUCCUACUGACAACUUCCUUGGCCAAGGUGGGCUUCAGGGCUCAGUGUCCUGGUUACUGCAGUGGCAGCAACAGCAGGUCCUACUGUUGCCUCCCUCUAGUCUCUGCUUCUCUGGAUCCCUGAGGAGGGCAGAAGGAAGAAAACAGCCCAAAGAUGAGAGUGAUUCGCGUGGGUACCCGCAAGAGCCAGCUUGCUCGCAUACAGACGGACAGUGUGGUGGCAACACUGAAAGCCUUGUACCCUGGCCUGCAGUUUGAAAUCAUUGCUAUGUCCACCACAGGGGACAAGAUUCUUGAUACUGCACUCUCUAAGAUUGGAGAGAAGAGCCUGUUUACCAAGGAGCUUGAACAUGCCCUGGAGAAGAAUGAAGUGGACCUGGUUGUUCACUCCUUGAAGGACCUGCCCACAGUGCUUCCUCCUGGCUUCACCAUCGGAGCCAUCUGCAAGCGGGAAAACCCCCAUGAUGCUGUUGUCUUUCACCCAAAAUUUGUUGGGAAGACCCUAGAAACCUUGCCAGAGAAGAGUGUGGUGGGAACCAGCUCCCUGCGGAGAGCGGCCCAGCUGCAGAGAAAGUUCUCACAUCUGGAGUUCAGGAGUAUUCGGGGAAACCUCAACACCCGGCUUCGGAAGCUGGACGAGCAGCAGGAGUUCAGUGCCAUCAUCCUGGCAACAGCUGGCCUGCAGCGCAUGGGCUGGCACAACCGGGUGGGGCAGAUCCUGCACCCUGAGGAAUGCAUGUAUGCUGUGGGCCAGGGGGCCUUGGGCGUGGAAGUCCGAGCCAAGGACCAGGACAUCUUGGAUCUGGUGGGUGUGCUGCACGAUCCCGAGACUCUGCUUCGCUGCAUCGCUGAAAGGGCCUUCCUGAGGCACCUGGAAGGAGGCUGCAGUGUGCCAGUAGCCGUGCAUACAGCUAUGAAGGAUGGGCAACUGUACUUGACUGGAGGAGUCUGGAGUCUAGAUGGCUCAGAUAGCAUACAAGACACCAUGCAGGCUACCAUCCAUGUCCCUGCCCAGCAUGAAGAUGGCCCUGAGGAUGACCCACAGCUGGUAGGCAUCACUGCUCGUAACAUUCCACGAGGGCCCCAGUUGGCUGCCCAGAACUUGGGCAUCAGCCUGGCCAACUUGUUGCUGAGCAAAGGAGCCAAAAACAUCCUGGAUGUUGCACGGCAGCUUAACGAUGCCCAUUAACUGGUCUGUGGGGCACAGAUGCCUCGGUUGCUGCUGUCCAGUGCCUACAUCCCGGCCCUCAGUGCCCCAUUCUCACUGCUGUCUGGGGAGUGAUUACCUCAGAAGACUGAACUGCAGGGUUCAAGCCUUCCGGGGAUUUGCCUCAGUUUGGGGCCUUGAUGACUGCCUUGCCUCCUCAGUAUGUGGGGGCUUCAUCUCUUUAGAGAAGUCCAAGCCACAGCCUUUGAAUGUAACCAACUCUACUAAUAAACCAGCUCUGAAGGUG